AUGGAAAAGCAGGGAUACAAAGAGAACAAAAGCCUGCGCUCUAACCUGCCCCGCAAAAUCCCACACCCAGAGCCCGCGGGCCGGGGAAAUGCCCUAGUGCCGGCCGCGAGGACCCGCAUGACCGCCAGGGGGCAGGCGUGCGCCGUGGAGCGUCCCGGCCGGACCAGGCGCGCAGCUCCCCGGCUCCCGCGGGCGGGGCGAGGGCCCGGCGUGGAGGAAGCCCCCAAUCUCGCGGCCCAAGGGAGCAAGCCCCGCUGCAAGCUCAUUUUAUCUUCAACACUCCGGGAACUCAGCGCUGCUCUCCUUGUUUACCGAUGA